CAACUGCUACAGAAACGGGGUCUAACACUAGACUUGUGCACCGAUAUGUGACGUGCCAAUAAAACCACAAUGAGACAGAUGAAAGACAUACAAGAAGAAGAACAAAUUCAAGUGGUAAAAUGACGCAUACAGAGAGGAAGGACAACAAAGAAUUCGAAGACAGCAACAACAUAUAGCCAACUAGAAAUCGAGUGCACAAAUUGUGGACUACAACACGGAAACAAACGAGAGAAUUGUCCGGCAUAUGGCAAGAAGAGCUCAAAUUGUGGAAAGACAAACCACUACGCGAGGAAAUGCCGUCUGAAGCAAGAAGCCAACACAAACAGCAGUUACGGCACAUGAAAGAAAUUGGGAGCAGCACAGAUGAGAGUGACUUCGAUGAGCAGCUAUCCUAUCUCACCACUCAGCCAGCAGCAGAAAACACCAGUACAGAGGAUGUACACUCACUGACUAGUAGAGCAUAUCAGAAGAAGAAAUUUGCAACCAUGCAAGUUGGUAUGAGUCGAGACAAACGCCAAACAAGAUUUCAGGUAGACACUGGAGCUAAAUGCAAUGUGGUGAGGUUAGGAGAUCUCCCCGCAAACACAAAAAUUGAAACAACAAAGCAAACCCUUUCAAUGUUUAACAGCAACACACUGGUACCACGGGGGCAAUGUCAACUGAGACUCAAGAAUCCGAAGGAUGAAAAACGAUACAAAGGGUCGUUCAUUGUGGUACAGGAGGCACCAACAUCCAUUUUGGGCGCCAGUACAGUACAGUACAUGGGACUCAUCAAGAUACGAAACAGCAAGAUCUACUCAGUAAAUCAGGAGGAUCCACCUCAGCCCACAGCUUCAGGCGAUCAUGAGCAAGGCAACAUCGCGGUAGCAUACAGAGAUGUAUUUGAAGGAGAGGUAGGCCGUUUUGAUGGUGUAGUACAUCUAGAUGUAGAUCCGUCUAUAACACCCAAACCGCUACCAUUACGACGGGUACCAGUAGCCAUGAAGACGCCUCUGAAAAAGGAGCUGGAGUGUUUGGAGCGCGCAGGGAUCAUAGACAAAGUGGACCAUCCAACAGACUGGGUGUCGCAUCUAAUAACAGUCAAGAAGCCAGAUGGAUCUCUCAGACUUUGUCUAGAUCCACAGCCGUUAAAUCGGGCACUCACACGACGUCAUUUCCCGAUCCAGACACUUGAUGAUCUGCUACCGGAACUGACCAAAGCCAGAGUAUACAGUGUGACAGAUGUACGCCAUGGUUUUUGGCAUGUGAACUAGACGAGAAAUCAAAAGACCUCACACAUUUGGUACCCCAUUUAACCGAUAACGCUGGGCCAGAAUGCCGUUUGGCAUUGCAACUGCUCCUGAAAUCUUCCAACUUAAGCUGCAGACGGCCAUUGGAGGACUAAAGGGUGUCUUCUCUAUUGUGGAUGAUAUCCUGAUUGUAGGAGAGGGAUCAACAGAUGAAGAAGCAUCUACAGAUCACGAUCACAAACUACAGCAGUUCCUUGAUCGCUGUAGACAAACACGGAUACAGUUGAACAAGCAAAAGUUUCGAUUACGAAUGAAGAAUAUCGCCGACAUGCCCACUUACUGACACAAGAUGGAUUGAAACCAAACCUGCGGAAAAUCAAGGCUAUAGUAGAGAUGCCACCCACGCAAAAUUUAGCAGGAGUCCGAAGGAUGCUUCGUCUCGUGAACUACCUCUCACGAUUCCUACCCAAACUCGCCGAUCUAUGCGAGCCGUUACACCAGCUGACACAACAACGCAAUGAAUGACAAUGGUCACACGUGCAGGAAAAGGCAUUCUCAAAAUUGAAGGCAAUACCAAGAACGCCUGUUCUCCGGUACUUUGAUGCAAAAAAGCGGUAGCUAUGCAAUGUGAUGCUUCAUCCACUGCAUUAGAUGCAACGCUUUUGCAAUAGGGUCAACCAAUUGGAUUCGCCAGCAGAGCUCUCACAUCGUCAGAGCAACAGCAUGCACAGAUUGAAAAGGAGCUCUUAGCAGUUGUGUUUGCACGUGAGAGAUUUCACCAUUACACAUAUGGUCGAGGAAUAUCAGUUGAGUCAGACCACAAACCAUUGGAGGCUAUAGCUCAAAGCCACUGGAUGCUGCAUCCAAACGACUACAGCGCAUGCUCCUCCAAUUACAAAAGUAUCACAUCACCAUAGUGCAUAAGAAGGGAAGGAAAUGCACAUUGCCGACGCGUUGCCUCGUGCUUUCAUAGAAGACACAGCAGAGGAGUGUGAAAUCAUGCAAUAUCCGUCGAGAGCUGGAAACAGUGAACAUGGUGGACAGUCUCCCGGUGUCACAGGGGAUAAUUCAGGAGAUGCAGCACAACGUAUCGCAGGAUUCAGGAAUGUAACAACUCAGAAGCACAAUCACGGAAGGCUGGCCGAGCGAGAAAACGACCCUACCAGAAAGUGCCAAACCCUACUUCCAGAUACGAGAUGAGCUAACGGUUUCAGAUGGACUAAAAUUCCAAGGGUACCACCUAGUGAUACCGCCCCCGCAAAGAGCUAGCAUGUUGAGGACAAUUCGCAGCUCUCACUGAGGAGUGAAUGCGUGUCAGAGACGAGCCAGGGACUCCCUUUACUGGCCUAGCAUGAAUGCACAGAUUAAAGACUUCACACCAAGUGCGAGAUAUGUCGUUCAAUAGAUAUGAAACAACAGAAAGAAACUUUACAUUCACAUGAAGUGCCCGACAGACCAUGGGCAAAGGUAGCAGACAAUUUAUUUGAAUAGAAGGAGCUGCAGUACAUGGUAACGGUUGACUACUUUAGCAAUUUCUCUGAAGUGGAUUACCUGACAAAAACAACCUCAGGAUCUAUAAUACGAGCGCUAAAGCAACAUUUCGCCAGACACGGAAUUCCAAACUUGGUCAUUACAGACAAUGGACAACCAAUUCACAUCCGAAAAGUUCCGAGACUUUUCGCGAUCAUGGCAAUUUGAUCACAAAACAUCAUCGCCCAACUAUCCCCAAUCAAAUGGCAAAGCGGAGAAUGCCGUACGAACAGUAAAAAGACUAUUCAAAAAAGCAGUGAAAUCAGGACACAAUCCCACGUUAGCACUUUAGGACUUAAGGAACACACCGUCGGCAACCCUCAAUUCCAGUCCAGCGCAGCGCCUGUUUAGCCGACGGACAUGAGGGCUAAUACCCAUGAGAAUCGAGGGAGCUGCUACAACCAGAACCUCAGCAACGCGUAGCAAAACAAAUGCAAGAGAUCAAACAAAAGCAAGCACACGCAUAUAAUCGAAAUGCAAAACAUCUAUCCCCUCUAAAAUGGGGUGAUGCAGUCAGAAUCCAGCCAGUCAAAGCGAAGGAGUGGGAAAUAGCCACAGUAGCGAAAGUACUACCAUACCAGUCAUAUGAGGUCAGAACACCUGAUGAACGCCAGUACAGACGUAAUCGACGACACCCGCGAAAAAGUAAGGAGCCAAUACCAAAACCAACCCGGAUCACAGAAAUGGAGGACCCGGAUCUAAGCCCAAGACCACGUCCAUUAACCAACCAACGAAGUACAACACGAGUGGAACAGGAUCCAAGACCAAGACCAAGUAAGUCAGCCAACCAGCGAUCUAUAACACCAGCAGAGCAGAACAAAUCAAAGGUAGAUAUCACCAGCAAAGAACCAGAGAGAGAAAGCUCAACAUACGUAAAGGAGAAGCAACCAGGCUUAACAAGGAGCGGUCGCCUAAUCAAGACGCCACUCUACCUAAAAGACUACAUAACAUAGGUAGCCGAGACACCAUGGAUAAUGUAGGCACUAGUGCUAAGUCUAAGUAUUGUGUUGGAUUAGAGUUGUGUUCUAUGGGGAAAAUUGCGUGGUUAUCCCUUGGAUUACUUGGUGGGGCGUGGCCGCAUUCCACGCGGUAAUUACGCUACUUGUAAAGCAAAGCAACCAA